GCGGGCCGUGGGAGGUGGGGGGGGCCGGUCCUGCCGGGUGCCGCCCCGCCGGUCACGUAGCUCUGCGGCACCGCAGCCCCAUUUACCGCGGGGCCGGAGCGCACAGCCCGCAGUCCGCGCCCGCCGCCGCCCGCCCUGCACGCCACCGCCACCAUGACGCACCAAUACCCCGCGCUGACGGCCGAGCAGAAGAAGGAGCUGUCGGACAUCGCGUUGCGUAUCGUGGCCCCCGGCAAGGGCAUCUUGGCCGCCGAUGAGUCCGUAGGGAGCAUGGCGAAGCGCCUCAACCAGAUUGGGGUGGAGAACACGGAGGAGAACCGCCGGCUGUACCGCCAGAUCCUCUUCAGCGCCGACAGCCGGGUCAAGAAAUGUAUCGGCGGCGUCAUCUUCUUCCACGAGACCCUGUACCAGAAGGCUGACGACGGCACCCCCUUCGUCCAGAUGAUCAAGGACAAGGGCAUCGUCGUGGGCAUUAAGGUGGACAAGGGCGUCGUGCCGCUGGCCGGGACGGAUGGCGAGACCACCACGCAGGGUCUGGACGGGCUGUCGGAGCGCUGUGCCCAGUAUAAGAAGGAUGGGGCCGACUUCGCCAAGUGGCGCUGCGUGCUGAAGAUCAGCGACAACACCCCCUCCGCGCUCGCCAUCAUGGAGAACGCCAACGUCCUGGCCCGCUACGCCAGCAUCUGCCAGCAGAACGGCAUCGUGCCCAUCGUGGAGCCGGAGAUCCUGCCUGAUGGUGACCACGACCUCAAGCGGUGCCAGUAUGUGACGGAGAAGGUGCUGGCAGCUGUCUACAAGGCACUGAGCGACCACCACGUCUACCUGGAGGGGACCCUGCUGAAGCCCAACAUGGUGACCCCCGGGCACUCCUGCCCCACCAAGUACAGCCCCGAGGAGAUCGCCAUGGCCACUGUCACCGCCCUGCGCCGCACUGUACCCCCAGCCGUGCCAGGUGUCACCUUCCUGUCCGGGGGUCAGAGCGAGGAGGAGGCUUCCAUCAACCUCAACGCCAUCAACACGUGCCCGCUGGUGCGGCCAUGGGCCCUCACCUUCUCCUACGGGCGGGCGCUGCAGGCGUCGGCGCUCAGCGCCUGGCGCGGGCAGCGGGACAAUGCCACCGCCGCUACCGAGGAGUUCGUCAAGCGUGCAGAGGUAAACGGGCUGGCGGCGCUGGGCAAGUACGAGGGCAGCGGGGACGACUCGGGGGCCGCCGGGCAGUCCCUCUACGUGGCCAACCAUGCCUACUGAGCCCCGGCCGGGCGCCCCACCGGCCCCCGGCCCCCGCCCCGGCCCCCUCCCCGCCACUGCUCACACCCCGCUUCCACCCCAGCCACCCAGGGGAGCAGCCACGCGGGGAGGGGAAGGGGAGCGCGUCCCGCCGGCUGGCCCCACACCGCCGCGUCCACAGAUGAAGUGGGGGGCCCGGGUUACCCGGCCUCCGGAGGGAGCCACCCGGGUGCCCCUUUGGUGGGGGGCUCCGGCCAGGCCAUUGUGUGUGUGUGGGGGUCGAGGCCCGGCCGCGUGGGGGGCAGGAGGGGAGGCCUGGGGGGUGCCCCUGCCCUGCCGUAGCUUCGCAGUCCCGGUCGCUGCCGCCCUUGGGGCGCCUGUGUUGUGUUCGCCGUGUGCACCCCGUGUACCAAAUAGCCUAACAACAAAUAAACGGUAGAGACAUCGC